UCCGUAUCCCCUCAGCUGGCCGUACCGGGCAUGGCUGAAUUCUUGAAUCAAGCCGCCCUGGUGGGCUUCCUUCGGAAACACGGCGGCAAGGUGCGCAAGUCGCUGCUGCUCGGCCACUUCAAGCCGCUGUUGGACGUGCCCGAGGCUUCGCCGGAGGUGCGAGCUGCUCUCCGCCAGCGCUUCAUCUACUUGGUCGAGAGCGUGGCGGUCGUGCAGGUCUCGGAGGGGAUCAAGUUGGUCGUGCUCAAAAAAAGGCACCAGUUGGUCCCGGAUUCCUCCGAUGCGGAACCGAGAUCGAUCGCCUUCGGGGACCUGUCUGAUGAGGAAACAGAAGGCGCCGAUUCUGGAGCGUCCGCUUGCCCUGCCGGCUUGGUGGCGCCUCGGAGCUCGCCUGGAGAGGAGGAGGAGGACCCUGAGGCGCAUCGGACUCUCCCUGUGAUCCAGUUGAAGAGCUUCUUUCAAAGGGGAGGCUCGGAAAUCCUCAAAGUUCCCCGUGUCAAAGACCCUUUGGCCCCCAGAGGUGCCUCCCCAAAGCCCUGCAUGCUGCCGGUCCGCUCGGUGCCCCCUCCCAGCAACGCUAAGAGAUCGGAGGGGUUGAGCCCUGAGCAAGACAGGAUCCCAGUCCAAGAUGGUCUCCAAGUGGAUCGAGCUGCCAUCCUGCCGUCUACCUCCCCUCGGACUAAGAGGCGGCAGCUGAAUGAAAUGGGGCCCAAAUCCCCGAGGAAGGGGUCAAAACCACUAAAGGUGGGUGAGGAGGUGGACGGCAUGGCCAAUGGGUCCUUGGAAUCUGCUGAGCACCAGUGGGUGGUGAAUGCCACAGCCGGCCAGUGGUCCCAGCAACUUCAUGGCUUGCUCCUCAGUGACUUGAACCUAGCCAGCAAAAGAGAUUUCAUGAGCGGCUUCACAGUUCUCCACUGGGCAGCUAAAAGUGGAAAUUGCAGAACGCUGAGCAAAGUCAUAGAAAUGACUGAGAAAGGAGGCAUUCACCUUGAUGUAAAUGCUAAGUCCUUCGGGGGUUAUACUCCACUCCAUAUUGCUGCUAUCCAUGGGCAGGAAGAAGUUAUUGCCCAGCUGGUCAAAGUUUACAAUGCCAAAGUCAAUUUAAGAGACUACAGUGGGAAGAAACCAUUCCAGUAUUUAAAAGAAGGCUCUUCUUUUAAAGUCAGACGUCUCUUAAAUGACCCUGGUCUUCAGAACAACCCCGGACAGAACCCUUCCACCAAGAAGAACAUAAAAGUGGCUGCUUCUAUCUUGAGUUCCACCAGCACUGUCCUGGGGCUUUUAUCUGACGAUAUUGCCUUCUAUGAACUGACAAAAGGCAUGAAGAAACCGGCUCCCAUCAAUAAAUUUCUUAACAUAGCCACAGCCCCUAGGAGGAAGUUGAAGUCUCAAAGGGCUUUUUCUUCUUCUUCUUCUUCCUUGUUUCAGGCCCUGGAGGAAGAACAGAAUGAAACUGCAUCAAAACAUAGACCAAUUUCAGAAUUGUUUUUUGGUCACUUACCUCACUGAAAUCGAGUAAUACCAACAUUUAAUUAGACUUGGGUAGAUCUCGCAUUCACAAAAACACAUUUUGCUUUGUACUUUUGAGUGUGUUUCAAUUUAAAUCUAAUCUAAGGAGG